AUGGGUGUCCAAUGUAAAAGUCCUAGUGCUUUUCUUUCAUUCUCAUUCCUCUUGUUUGUCUUCUUCACUUUUCCAUCACAACACUGCUCUGCAACUGAUACUUUUACUCAAUCACAACAAAUCUCAAUAGGACAAACUCUCAUCUCCUCUGGCCAAGUCUUCAAGUUAGGCUUCUUCAUUCCCGGUAAUUCUGGUAAGCAGUAUAUUGGGAUAUGGUACUUCCACAAACCAAUACCUGUUCGCAAAGUUGUGUGGGUGCUAAACAGAGAGAAUCCAUUUUCAUCAACAGACUCUGCCUCAAGUCUAACAAUUGGUACAGAUGGAAAUCUGAGGCUACUCGAUGGCAUGAGGAACACCGUCUGGUCAGCAAAUGUUUCUGUCCAGUCCAACAACUCAAUUGCAGUGCUUUCGGACAAGGGAGACUUUGCUCUUAAAGAUAAUGUCUCUGGAUUGACCUUGUGGGAGAGCAUUACCUAUUAAGGUGACACUUUCUUUUUGGGCAUGAUGGACUGAACACCAAAACAGGAGAGAAACGCUUCUUCUCUUCCUGAAAGACCGAAGAGGACCCAUCACCUGGAAACUUUGUUACCGGGUUUUCACUGGACACACCACCACAAGAUUUCACUUGGAAUGGUUCCAGGCCGUACUGGAGAAGUGGUCCAUGGGAUGGAUCGAAGUUCAUAGGGAUCCGGCACACUGACCAGGGCUAUGCCAAUGGAUUCAACCUCCUACCUGAUAAACAGCA